CAUUCCUUGCAUGCAGUAAAUAUGGCGGUCUAGAAGGUGUACAAGUUUGUACACGUGUUCGACCAUAAUUUAUAUCAGCUGCUAGCACUGCCUGAAGGUGUUUCAGUAACCAUGGAAAAGGAAAAGGAGAAUUCGGACACAUUCGUCAAAGUUUUGUCGAAAAGGAGCCGCAAGCGUAAAGCACAAGAUGACGAGAACCAAAUGGUAGUUGAUAGAGGUAUUGAAGGCAGACGUCGACCUCAGCAUACCCCAGCCAAAAAGGGAAGGCUACGAAAAGGAGAACUUGCAGAAAUGAGGAAAAUUGCAGUACCUGGGCAUCGCUACACGCCACUCAAAGAAAACUGGAUGAAAAUAUUUGGUCCUAUUGUUGAGCAUUUACAUCUUCAAAUCCGUUUCAACCUUAGAACCCGUAAUGUUGAAAUUCGGACUUGUACUGAGACGGAGGAUAUUAGCCAUCUUCAGAAAGCUGCAGACUUUGUUAAGGCAUUUGUAUAUGGGUUUGAUGUAGAUGAUGCAUUGGCAUUAAUCCGACUUGAUGAUUUGUUUGUAGAGACAUUUGAGAUCAAAGAUGUAAAGCCAUUGAAGGGAGAUCAUAUGUCCCGAGCAAUUGGUAGAUUGGCUGGUAAGGGAGGUAGAACAAAGUUUACAAUUGAGAAUGUUACCAAAACCCGAAUAGUACUUGCAGAUUCAAGAAUUCAUAUAUUGGGGUCCUAUAUAAACAUUCAAUUAGCAAGAAGGGCAAUAUGUAACCUUAUUUUGGGUAGUCCUCCAUCCAAGGUAUAUGGACAGUUGCGUACAGUGGCUAGUCGAAGAUCAGGAAGGUUAUAGUUUUGUUUAUUAGGCAAGCAGUAGGUUUUUUCUGAGAGUUAAAAGAGAUUGCAGUAUGUUGAUAUGUUGGUAAUGUGAUGCUAAAAGGAACUCCACCGAUUAACUCGCUUGUAUUAUAGAGUUUCAUAUUUAUUGGCUUUGUUAUUUGAAAUGUUCCAGUCAGGUAUGAUUGCUGUGGAAAUAAAUGUUAUGUUACCAUC